AUGCAGAUUACCGCGAACCUGUCCGUCGCCGCUCGCGACGAGGAGUAUACCAACAAAUCCCGACCGGAGCGCCAGACCUGGGACAAGCAGUACCACGAGCCCAACGAGGGCUGGUCCAACUCCCUCCGGCGUUCCCGUGGCGGCUGGUGGCUUUGUCGCAGCGGUCCCGAGGCCACUCAGGCAGAACGCGAGUGUCCGCUGUGUCAUCAACAGACUUCGGAGUCAACCACAGCUCAGACUGUGUCUAUGGCCGAGAAGUACCAGCUGAUCAUGACCGAGAUUGACGCUGCCCAGGCCAAGGCGAACGCGCAGGAUGGGCUUGCCCUCCGCUUCCAGCAGCAGCAGGAGCGCGAACAGCGUCUCUCUGACUGUAACUUCGGCAUUCAGACCGCACAGAACCGUCAAGAGGUCAACCUUCCGAACUCCCACUACCAACCUACCCUCACCAAACCACCCCAAUCGUCGGUCCCGGAGUUCCUAAAGAAGAGGUCGCUACCCAAGUGUCCUCUGCCCUCGAUCCCGCGCGCCCAGGUCGCCGAGCCAGUCGUCACUCCCUUCAAAGCUCUCGCUACCGAGUCGUCCUACCCCAAGAGCUCCACGGCCAAUGGUCUAGUCAUGAAGCUACUGCUUCUCCAGCGAGAUUACUGUGGUGGUAUCCCGCGGCCGAGGUCAUCGAUGUCGCGAUCGGCUCGAAAGGGCAGCAAGGGUAAGAGGGUGUCGUGGGAUCUUUAA